AAAAAUCAAAAUGCCAUACUCGCUAAAGGGAAGAAACGUGCUGGUCACAGGUGGCUCCAGAGGCCUUGGGGCUGUCAUCUGCAAGAAAUUCGCCGAAGAGGGAGCCAAUGUCGCCAUCAAUUACGUCUCCAAUGCGGACGCUGCCCAGGAAGUCGCUGAUUCCUUGAAGGAAUACCCUGUCAAGACGUUAAUUAUUCAAGGUGACGCCGAGAAGAGGGAAGAUAACGUUCGCCUCGUCCAGGAAACCGUCAAGAACUUUGGCGGGCUUGAUAUUAUUAUCGCAAAUGCCGGCUGGACCAAGAUCUCUCAGUUUGGCAAUCUCCAUGCUCUGACCGACGAGGAAUGGAACAAGUGUUGGGCCGUCAAUGUCAUGUCUCAUCUGCACCUGGUUCAAGAAGCCGCCCCCAUCUUUAACGCAAAUCCCGAGGGUGGAGUAUAUCUUAUCACCUCUUCAGUCGCGGGCGCCAGCCAAGGCGGCAGCAGCAUGGCCUACUCUGUUACCAAAGCUGCUGGUCUGCAACUGAUGAAGAAUCUCGCAUACACGCAAGGACCCAAGAUUCGAAUCAAUGCUAUUCUUCCUGGGUUGUUACUAACUGAAUGGGGCCAAAGAUUUGGGGCAGAGAACAUCGAAGCGUACAAAUCGGUAUCAACACUGAGGCGCGAGACUGAUCUCGAUGAUUGUGCCGACGCUUUUAUCUCUGCGGCUAAAAAUACUUCCAUGACAGGUCAACAGAUUACGAUUGAUUCCGGGAUUGUUAUGAGCCACCCCGGAGCUAGAGUCAUGCAUAAGAGAGAUUAGAUGAGAUUCUGUCAGGAAUGGAUAACAUUGCAUAGCUAGAGGACAAAUAAAUCACGAAAUAAAGAUUGCUCAGCAGUUUAUAGGGCUAUUGAGUGAUCUUCCUAGAAUCUAUCACUUGGGGAUG